AUGCGGUUUUGGCUGCACGGGUUACUUGAGUCCGAGACUAUCCGGACAAGUCAAGCGUCGCGUAUAGGACGGUCGCUGGUUGACGUCCGCUCCCGGUUCACGCAGUUCGUCGCGUUGUGUGUGUUGUGUGGAGUGGCGGACUGGUGGGCUGGGCGGCGGGCUGAAUCAGCACCUUCCACGGGCACCUUCCGGGCACGCAUCAGACUUGUUGGACAUCUCCGCAACAACUGUACCUCCCGGGCCGCAACAACCGCCGUCCCUCCGCUCGACUCUUCCACGUCAUCUCUGCCGCCAACUACCUCUGACUACUCUACUGCUACGCCACCAAUAACAUCCUCCUCCUCCUCCUCCUCCUCCUCUCCCUCCCCCACUGCUCCAACGACGGCCGAUCAGGCGACCAUCACGCACACCACCAACCCGGCACAACCUCUGCAACUCCCCCCACUUCCCUCGACUUCAGCUAUGAGUAUCAAGACUACACUUGCCCUCAAUGCGACCGCACCUUCACCUCACACAUAG